AAAUGAACCUUUCAAAGUGUAAAAUCCCGUGAAACACAUAAAUGCAAAACUUGUACCACAUUUAUAACGAUCCCGUGCUUUCUCGUGAGCACACUUACUCCAAUCCAACUCACUCACCUUAUUCAUUAAAUACAACAACCCUCUAUAAAAAACCAACACAAUUCUCACAUGAUCAAAUCUAACACAAACUCUAAAAAUCCAAACUAUGAGUUUCGAAAUUUGGCCCCUCCAUUUAAAUCUACAUCAACAACUACUAGUAGUAUGUUGUAUAUUGUUGUCUUUGCCGAAUUCAAUAAUGCCAUUCACCGUUGAGAUAUCUGAUAGCAAUAACUCAAGUGUGUCUUCAAGUUCCAGUCCACUAAUAGAUGGAAUUUCAACAAAGCAAGAUAGUGCAAUAACCGAUAGCCAAGAACAACAAGCAGUGUACGACAUAAUGAAAGCAACCGGUAAUGAUUGGGCCAUUGAUAUACCUGACGUUUGUCGUGGUCGUUGGCACGGCAUCGAAUGCAUGCCCGACAAACACAAUGUUUACCACAUUGUUUCCCUCUCCUUUGGUGCUCUCUCUGAUGACACCGCUUUUCCCACGUGUGAUCCCACACGUUCCUCUAUCUCACCCUCCAUAACUAAACUCCCUCAUUUGAAAACUCUUUUCUUUUACCGUUGUUUUACUUACAACCCUCAACCUAUACCGUCUUUUUUGGGCCUAUUGGGCCCUUCUUUGCAAACCCUCGUCCUUAGAGAAAAUGGCCACAUAGGCCCAAUUCCUAAUCAAUUAGGUAACCUUACUCGCCUUAAGGUUCUUGAUCUUCACAAAAAUAAUCUAAACAGUUCGAUACCACUCUCACUGAACCGAAUCACCGGUCUAAGGUCGUUGGAUUUGAGUGCCAACAAGUUAACCGAUUCUAUACCCGAUUUAAUUUUUCCAUCAUUGAACGUAUUGGACCUAAGUAUGAAUCGUCUAUCAGGCCCAAUUCCUUCUACUCUUUGGGACUGUCACUCUUUGAUUAAAUUUGACGUUAGUCGCAACAGGCUCACGGGCCCAAUUCCAGAUAAAUUAAAGGGCUUAAAUGACCUUAUGCUUAUGGAUUUGAGUUUCAACCGUAUUCAAGGCCCAUUUCCAAUUUCACUAAAAAAAUUGAAUUCUCUUCAAGCCUUGAUUCUUAAAGGAAAUCCAAUAGGUUCCACAAUAGUACCUAAUGACCUAUUUGAUGGUAUGAAUGGUUUAAUGAUCUUAAUUAUGUCGAAUAUGAAUUUGCAGGGUCCAAUACCAGAAUCAUUGGGUAAAUUACCAAACCUUCGUGUUCUUCAUCUGGAUGGGAAUCACCUAAAUGGUUCGAUCCCAAAAAGCUUUCGAGAGUUGAGAAGCCUAAGUGAACUUAGGUUGAAUGAUAAUGGACUAAUUGGGCCGGUCCCAUUUGAGAGAGAUAUGGUUUGGAGAAUGAAAAGGAAGCUAAGGCUUUAUAAUAAUUUAGGGCUUUGUUAUGAUUCGAAUAGUGGUAUUGGGGAUAGUGUGGAUUCUGAUUUUGGUAUCAGUUUGUGUGAGAGUUCAAGUCCAGGUUCGGUUAGGACAGUACACCAUGUUUUAGACACACAAAAGCCUGGCCCAACAACUACAUUCAUGGAUCAUGUUUCAAUCUCAUCAGAUUCUACUCUUACAAGGUCAUUGGGAUUGGUUACUUUUCUACUAUUUUCUUUAGUUUUCUUGUAAGUAAUGUAUAUUCAUUUAUAGCAUAGGAAAAGAACCAAGAAAUACCGUGUGAUGUUAUUUGGUUGUGCACAGUUUAAAAAAUAAUAAUUAGUUGGUUUGAUUUCACUCAAAAUGAGAAAUUCAGAUAUUUUAAAUGUAGCAUUAAUUUAUAUUAAGACUAAGAGUAUUGAAGUUUCUGCAAAGAGGAGCUGAAUCUCAAUUGAAAUAGCUAGAUAUAUUGGAUAUUUUUUAAAAAUACGUAAAUUAGAAAGACUUUUUGAAGUAUUGUUUUCAUAGAGGUUUUUGACAUGGUCCCCACUGCUUUUCAAUCAGGUAUUAUCGAUCU